AUGCUAAUUAGUUUCGCGGGGGCGGCGCUGCACUGUCCGCUUGGACUCGCUACGGAAAUUGGCGAAAUUCCGAUGAAAACGAUCGAUAAAUGCGCCUGUUGCCAUAAGGAAACCGUCUACAUGACCGACUCGCAAAAUACGCUCUACAACUGCCUACAAGCCGCCGAAUGCCAGGAAAUCAUGGGCAAAUCGAAGAAUACGAUUUGCCAACAAAAACAGAAGAAGUUCGAGCUGUUCGGCCGGAAAAUCGACCGCAAAGUGGAGACGUGCAUCAGCAAGACGGAUAAUUUUAAC